AUGGCAGGGCUUUGUGUCCACUCUGCUCUGGUCACUGGGGCCAAUCGAGGAAUCGGCCUGGGAAUUGUCAAGCAGCUCCUGCAGAUGUCAAACCCACCCGAGUGGGUCUUUGCAGCCUGCCGGGACCCCAAGGGAGAGCGAGCACAGGAGUUACAGCAUUUGGCCUCCAAGCACGCCAACCUGGUCAUCAUCCCGCUUGAAGUCACUGACCCCACCAGCAUCCAGGCAGCUGCAGGCAGAGUCAGGGAGCACCUGAAGGACUCUGGGCUGAACCUCCUCAUCAACAACGCUGGCAUUAUAAAACCAAGCUCUUUGGAAACUGAGACUGUGGAGAACAUGUCCCAGGUGUAUGCCACCAACACGAUUGGGCCCCUGCUGGUGAGCCAGGCAUUCCUGCCCUUGCUGAAGAAGGCUGCCCAGGGAAGCUCGAGCUCUGAGCUGAGCUGCAGCAAGGCAGCCAUCAUCAACAUGUCCAGCUAUGGUGGCUCCAUAGAGGAAGUCCAUGCAUGGGAAUAUGUGCAAUGUAUCUCAUACCGCUGCAGCAAGGCUGCUCUGAACAUGCUCACCAAGUGCCAGUCCUUGGGGUACCGGCAACACGGCAUCCUCUGCGCUGCUCUCCACCCUGGCUGGGUGCAAACGGACAUGGGGAGCUCAGCAGGACACAAGCCCCCACUGACGGUGGACGUGAGCGUACAAGGAAUGCUGAAUGUGCUCUGCUCCCUCUCCGAGAAGGACACGGGGACUUUCCUGGACUGGGAAGGGAAAGCACUGCCCUGGUGAGACGCCAGCCCAGCGUCAUGCCCGGAUCCUGGCAGCAGGUCCCUUUGCUGCGCUGCGCUGUGCCGUGCCCAUGUCCUCAAUAAACCCAUGUCCAUG